UGUUCGCAAAAUCUUGGAAAAUGACACAACCAAUAAUGACAAAAUUCAAUCAAUCGAUCAGAAUUUAGCGGUAUCAUUGGCUCUUAAGACAGUUUUUGGCUUUAACAAUUUCCGUGUGGGACAAAUUCAAGCGAUAGAUAGAUUUCUAGCUAACAAGGACGUAUUUAUUAUCAUGCCAACUGGCGGCGGAAAAUCUCUUUGUUAUGCAUUACCAUCAAUUUUAUUUGCUGGUCUGACGGUAGUUUUCACUCUAUUAGUUGCACUAAUCGAGGAUCAGGUGGGACAACUCAGAUGUCUAAAAAAACUUUACUCUAAUGCGCCGAUUAUGAUGCUUACAGCAACUUGUUCCCAAACGGAAUUUGAUGACAUCAAAUCCAAUUUGAACAUUUCACAGAAUAAUUUGGAAAUAAUUCGGGCAGGUGAUUUUUCACGACUUGAAAUCUCUUAUGAAGUGCGAUCUAAAAGAGAUUCCAAAGAUGAAAAUAUCAUAAAUAUAGUUGAGGAAAUCAGGAAAAUUAGUAUGGCGAAAUGUAUUGUGUAUUGUUCAACUCCAUUUGAAUGUGAAGAGGUAUCAACUGCUUUAGGAAAGAUCUUGGAAACAUCGUCACUUAGCAUAUAUCAUGGAGAAAUGCCUAAAGAAACUCGGAAAUACUCUAUGUCUCAAUGGCAAAAAAAUCAAAUUCAGAUAAUGAUCGCUACUAGUGCUUUUGGGAUGGGUAUUGAUAUGCCUGAUGUCAAAUUAGUAAUUCAUUAUACCUUCCCUAAAAGUAUUACGAAUCUUAUUCAGGAAACUGGUCGUGCGGGACGAAAUGGCAAUGAUACCACCACUAUAAUUUAUUUUUCGCAACGUAACUUGCUUACAAAUUCUAUAAUUGUUUUCGGAAAAAAAGAAAGUCAACCAGAAUUCAGUUCAGACACAAACGAGGUUACUAUUCUAAAUAGGGAAAAAAGAUUAUCGGAUGCACAACAAAAGUUGUUUGAGGUCUUAUAUUAUCUCAAUGAAAAAUAUGAAUGUCGUCGCCAGAUGUUGUUACGUUAUCAUUCUUGGGAUGUCUUACAAGAUUCAAGUAAUAUGUGUGGUUGGUGUGAUAAUUGCCAAAGACAUAUAACUGACCAAGUGCAACAGGUGAAUGCGACAAAUGAAGUGGAACGAAUAUUACACAUUAUCGAAACAGUUCUCAUUCACUCGAGUGCUGAGGUAGUUCCAGACAAUAUUGUUGAUAUAUUUCUUCGUGCAAAUAAUGCUAAAAUAAGAGCUCGGGGCUAUGAUCAACUGAGUAUUUAUAAUAUCAAAGACUCAGAUAAUUUACCUUGGAAACCAAAGAUUCUAAAGACAAAAGAACUUGUUAAGCAUGCAUUACAAGAAAUGGUUAUUUUGGGACUAGUUCGUCAGGUAAUAUUACUUCGACGAUACUCACCAACUUCAACGACCAUUUCCCAUAAGGUAGUGGUUACUGGAAUAGCAGAAGAUUCAUAUGAUCGG